GAAAAUUUAAUCUUUAAAAACUGAUUUUCAUUUCAUUUUUGUCAAGCUUGCGACUAGUUUGUCAUUUUGGAAUUAACGUUAUAACAAAUGUAUUUGCAAUCAGUAAUCAGGUUUACACAUUGCCCUUUCAAGUAGAAUGGAAUACUUAUCCGUUUCUUGGAAUUAUACACAAUUAAAGGAAAAAUAUAGUCUUGUCGCUGAUCUAAUGUAUUUUAAGACUUGCCGCCAAGUGGGCAGACAAGUUUACCAUUUACCAUCAUGUACUGACAUACUAUGGGAGUCCUUAGUAUAGUUGGAAAUAAUUUGAAAAGAUGUUUUAAAAUAUUAAAAAAUGAAUUGGCUAAAACAGUACAUAGAUUAUAGUACUAAUAGUACUCAGUGACAAAGGUUUAGGAAAAUGUUAUUGAAACACUGGCGUGUCUCUUCAAUAGUUUAACCUUCAAAUUAUAUGAUAAAUUUGGGAAAAAUGGAUAAAAAUACUUUUAUAUUAUUCUACGUCCUCUUCAUUGGGCCUUCGUCAAUUGCAUUAUUUUUGUAUGGGUUCUUCCCUUUGGUCAAUUAUGAUAAUAGUAUAUCAACAAAAGAUGAUAUACCAAAAUUUAUAGAAAAUGUGAGAAUAAAGACAAAUACAUUGUAUCAGCCAAUGGUUAAGAGAUUGAUCAUAAUGAUUAUUGAUUCCCUGCGGUGGGACUUUGUAACAGGAAUGCCUGUAACUAAUAGCUUGAUAGCAAAUUCUUCAGCUUGUCUGUUACAAGCUAAAGUACAAUCGCCAACAGUUACAAUGCCUAGAGUAAAGGCGAUUACUACUGGUAUGAUUCCAAGUUUCAUUGACGUAGCUUUAAAUUUUGGAAACAAACCAGUUUCUGGUGAUAGCGUGCUUUACCAAGCCAAAGAGGCUGGCCUCAAAUUAGUAUUCUAUGGGGAUGAUACUUGGAUCACAUUGUUUCCCUCUGUCUUUGAUCGUUACGAUGGAACCACAUCAUUUUUGGUAACAGAUUUCACUGAGGUUGAUAACAAUGUGACUAGACAUAUUCGUGAGGAAUUGCAUGAUAAAUCUGACUGGUCCAUAAUGAUACUUCAUUAUUUAGGGCUCGAUCAUAUCGGUCACGUUCAUGGACCAUUCAGUCCGCUGAUAAAAGUGAAACUUGAAGAGAUGGACGAUGUGAUAGCGCAGAUUCAAGCUAAGGUUCAAGAAUGGAAUCAAAAUAACGAUCCUAGCUUAUUUAUUAUUUCUGGGGAUCAUGGAAUGAAAGAUUCCGGUGGUCACGGUGGUUCGACGUUAGCCGAAACCACCGUGCCUUUCAUUGCUAUCGGUGGAAAAUGUCUUCAGAGUAACAAUAAUCCCAGGGAAAUAUCGCAAAUAGAUAUCACGUCGACGCUGUCUGUUAUUUUGGGCUUGCCUAUUCCACAUUCCAAUAUAGGGACCGUUUUCUUGGAUACAUUGUACGAUUUACCCGUAUCAAAGAAGCUGUUCGUUCUUCAUUACAAUGCGAAGCAGAUGUUCGAUCAUUUCCAAAGGCUAGUCGAUUAUCAAAACGAAUAUGCAUAUCAAAAAUACUUGGAAGCGAUAAAGCUCCAUAAUGCAUGGUUGAAUACUAAAAACAAUCCCGCCGAUACGACAGAUGAUAUCGUACUUUCUUACAAAAUAGCAUUGCAAGAAAUGAAAGGAAUUUUAAUAAACAGUACAGUGAAAUACGAUUUCCCAAUAAUAACGAUUGCCAUACUUUUCUUGUGCCAAAUUGCUUGCAUCUCAGCAGCAAAAAUAUCUUCCAGCUCUCCUACAUUAAAAAGUGUUUCUUCUUUCAUCGUUUUAAACAUAGUUUCAUGGGUAUUCAUAAAUUAUUACUGGCAAUGCGAAGGUCCGUCGGUGUUUCAUUCGAGGAGCUCAAUCACCACUCUAAUAAUAUUAUAUAUAAUAAUUGUGUUGAUUACAAAUUCUUAUUUACUUGCCAGUAUAAGAAGUUUCAAUAUUUUCGAGAAGACAGAGUCGUGGUUACUCUUGCUUGGUGCAUUGGCACAUGCGAUUAGCUUCGGUGGUAGUAGCUUCGUGGAGGAAGAACAUCAAACUUGGUAUUUUUAUUGGGUCACAAUCCUCACCUUAUUAUUGUACAAUUCCAUAUCGAAAUUCUUCGUCCAUUCACGAGCAAAUGACAAGAAACAUUUCUAUAAACAUAUUAUUGUAAAACUUUCACUAUUGCUCAUUGGGCAUAGAAUCUUUAGAAAAUUAAACAGCACCGGGGACAAAUACGCUCAUCUCCCAGAUAUAGCAGGAUAUUUGCUAGAGCAAGAAAAUACUUUGGGCAUGACGAUUGUCCUUGUCUCUGGCCUCGCGCUUUUAACAUGGAUCGAUUUCAAUCAUGGGGACAAAGAGUACAGACAGAGCUCGUUGAUGCUGAAUUUAAUAGCUAGCUCAUGUAUCUAUCUUCGUCAUAUGCACAACCAUAACGUUGUAAAAAUACCAUUUUACCCUCACUCGAGAGAAAUUUAUGAAGUACAAAUAUUCUGGGUACUACUCGUUAUACAUCUAUCACGUUACAUAUACCGUUUGGCAUUAGCACAAAAAUGUUCUAAGACAAUAUCUUUACGACUUACAUUACAUUUCGUUGUACGAACAUGGAUAAUGGUAGCAGCGAUGCUCCAUCGACCACAUAACGUGAUACUCCUGCCAUUCCAAAUAAUCUUCAGUAGUGUGAUUUGUGAAACAGUAAGAGAUGAUGUUAAGCAAGAGGUGAAUACUUUCUUGUAUGCUUGGAUGGGCAAUGUGUUUUAUUUCUAUCAGGGAAAUUCUAACAGUUUAGCUACUGUUGAUGUAGCUGCUGGUUACGUGGGCAUGCAAUCUUACAUGCCGUUCGUUAAUGGUUUCUUCAUAAUAAUUAAUACUUUUUCGGCGCCGGUUCUGGCUUAUCUAUUACUUAUCUAUCACACAAUCUUACAAUAUCCUCAAGCUACCAAUGAGAUUUUUGUACAAGUUAGUAAAAGAUGUAUUACGUGGAGAUUUCUACCAGUAGCUGUUUAUACAAUUAUAAUCAGUAUUCAGCGUCAUCAUUUAUUCGUGUGGUCGGUGUUCUCACCGAAAUUGUUGUACGAAGCUGUACAUUUCACCGUUCUUUGUUCAAUCGUACUUUUCAUGCAAAUUUUAGUUGUGCUACAAAUGAUAAUAAAAAAAUUCGUAGGAUGACUUUGCAGUUCUUGUAGUUCUUUUUUAAGGAUGUAUUGGCUAUACAGUCAAUCCCAAAAGUUUAUGUACCUUAGGAAAACGCAUUCCCUAUAAUUAAA